AUGCCACCACCGAAGAAGAGGGGCCCGCGAGGUCACGCAGCGACAUCAAAGCGCAGCGCAACAUUUGAGGAGUACUACGGCGGCGUGUAUGGCGCCCGCUGGCCAGUGUUGCGGAAGGCUUUGGCCGCAGCAGCACCGCGGAAAGUGGCGCUGUGGAACCGCUUCUGCCAACUGCCCUUUGAGAAGGCGCUGCCAAACGUGAUGCGCGUCGACGACGCGUCGCUGCUGCAGCUGUUUCGCGGCAACGACGACGCCGUGGAGUUGCCGCCGCCUCUCACCGACGAGUUCAAUNACGACGCGUCGCUGCUGCAGCUGUUUCGCGGCAACGACGACGCCGUGGAGUUGCCGCCGCCUCUCACCGACGAGUUCAAUGUGAAGGCGUACCACAGCCUUGAGUACACCGCCGCGUUGGUGGUGGAGCAGCUGGAGGUGAAUGCGUUCGACCAUGUGCUGGACCUGUGCGCGGCCUUGGGUGGGAAGUCCAUCGCGAUUGCGCAAUUUCUCUCACCCGACGCGAUGCUCACGUCAAACGAGCAGCGUGGUGAUCGCUGCGCCCGCCUCCGCCGCAGUCUUCGCGAGUACGUGCCGACCAAUUACGUCCCUGUCACAGUCACGCAGCGCGAGGCCGCAACGUGGCAUGCCCCGUCGACGUACCACCGCGUGCUCGUCGAUGCCCCAUGCUCGGCUGAGCGGCAUCUCCUGCAGCAGUGCGGCACCUCGCCGGUCAGCACGCGCGACUGGACGCAGCAGACAACUGUGGAGAUGAACUGUGUCCAACGUGCGCUGCUGCUGCGCGCGAUUGAGACAUGCCGGCCGGGCGGGCGUGUGGUGUACAGCACGUGCUCCAUCUCUCCGCUGGAGAACGAUGGCGUUGUGGAGGACGUGCUGCAGCGUACACGCUGCCAGGUGGAGGUGCGAUCACCGUCGCUGCGCAUUGGCGAGAAGACGCGCUAUGGGCACCUUGUGCUGCCGGACACGGCUGAUGGUUACGGCCCAAUGUUCUGCUGUGUCAUUCACAAGGUGUCGGACAGGCGUGAGGACAGCGAUGAUGAUGAUGAUGAUGAUGAUACCGAUGCAUCUGAAGAGGGGAUGGCAUGA